GGAAUGGUGGUGAUUCUUCUCACUGGCUGCCACAGGGGCAAGCGGGUGAUUUCCUUGAAGCAGCUUGGAAGUGGACUGUUGCCUAUGACAGGCCCUUUGGCUAUCAACCGUGUCCCUCUGCACAGAGCUCACCAAAAAUUUGUCAUUGCCACUUUGACUAAGGUUGAUAUCUCGGGGGUCAAAGUUCUAAAGCAUCUCAGUGAUGUUUAUUUCAAGAAGAAAAAGCUGCAUAAGCCCAAACAUCAAGAGGGAGAAGUUUUUGAUACUGAGAAAGUGAAAUACGAGAUUGCAGAUCAGCGCAAGCCAGACCAGAAGAUUGUGGACUCCAGCUUCUGCCCUCAUCAGCUCUGGAGCUAUCUGUGUUCGACCUUUUCACUCUCCAAUGGAGUUUAUCUCCACAAAUUGGUCUUCUAA